AUGUCUCCGGUACCACCAGCAAUCAUUCGCAGCCUCCCGUUUUCCUCUUCCAACGUGCAUGCCCAUCUUGAGCCAUCUAGCUCUGGCUUCACCAACACAAGCACCUUGCAUUUGAAGUUUUUAAAAGAUGACGGUCAACCAGAAGAGCGUAAAUAUUUCUUGAAAACCUCUGGAGAUGGCGAAGCCUCUAAAGAGAUGUUCCGAGGCGAAUACGAGUCAUUGAAUGCUAUCGCCAACGCCGUGCCAGGCUUUUGUCCGCGCGCUCUCGCCUGGGGCCGGGUCGACGAGUACGGGGAUGCAAGCAAGUCCGCGGAGUAUUUCCUUGUGACCGAAUUUCUUGAGCUCAAGGGUACCAUGCGCCGCACUCCUAUCGACGAACAAAGUCCGUCCAGCUUGGCGAGCCGGCUAGGAAAACUACAUAGUACGCCCGCGCCGCCGGAUCCUGGAACUGAACGGAAUCGCUACGGGUUUUCUGUGCCAACCUUCUGCGGUGAUACACGGCAACCGAACAAGUUCUAUGAUAGCUGGGCUGAUUUCUAUGCAAACGAGCGAUUGCUCAUGAUCCUUGCAGCCUCUGAGCGGCAGAAUGGCAAAGACGCUGUGCUGCGCGACCUCGUUGAGCAGACCGCCCGUCAGAUUGUCCCCCGACUUCUUGGAGACAAGCAUCUGGGAUAUAAAUCAGAUGGAAAGGGGGAUGGUAUUAAGCCUGUGAUCGUUCAUGGUGAUCUAUGGAGUGGAAACGCCGAUCGGGGAUUCAUCGCAGGCAUAGAUCAGGAGAAGAAUAGUCCUGUUGUGGAUCUGGUGUAUGAUCCUUGUGCAUGCCAUGCACACAGCGAAUAUGAUUUGGGGAUUAUGCGUAUGUUUGGAGGGUUUGGAGGCGACUUUUUCGAGAACUACCAUAAAGUGGUGCCGAAAACUGACCCGGUGAAGGAAUAUAAGGACCGACUGGAGUUGUAUGAACUGUGA